AUUAUUGAAUCAAUAAGGUUUCCAGUCUCCUAACUGAAAAGUCUUUGGUCGUAAAAGUAAACAAUUUUAGGAGAUAGAGAUAGUGUGGUAUAGUUGUGUGGACAAGUCCCUCUUACUCCCAUUAAAGUUAUUUCAUGAUUUGCCUAGAAAAUGAGUUUUAGAAUAACCAGUACCACUCUUUUGUUGUUGUUCUACUUCAGCAAUGUCUUAGUCAUAUUAACAGUGUCCAACGGAAAAAUGAUUAACACCAAAUGAAAAGUCUAAUUAAGAAAGCCAUGCGAAUAGAAAAGCUCUUCCCUUUCAUAUUUGGUCUCUCUCGCAUUAAACCACUUGAUCCACUCCUCCUUAACAGUAACCAAAGACAGAAUACACACUUUUCAAGAAUGAACUAUCCCUUUAGUUUUUGUUUGAUAUUAUUUGCCAUCUUCUCCUCUUUCAGCCAUCUUCCUGGUGUAUCAAGUGCUGGUGAGCUUUACAGACUCUGCAGUAAGACGUUUAGCUGUUGCGAUCAGGUACGUCUCAGUUAUCCUUUCUGGAAACCUGGUAGAAAAGCAUGUGGCCACCCAGAGUUCGAGCUCAACUGUAGCGGAGAUUUUGCAGAGCUCAACAUUUCCACUGUGAAGUUCAGAAUCAUAGAUAGUGGGUAUUAUGAGACGACACUCAUAAGAACAGAUUAUAUUGAUAAUCUUUAUCCCAGAAACCCACUGAAUGCACAGUUCAAUGAAAACGUUGUUUCCUUCCCCUAUAACACCGAGCUUGUAACAAUUUAUUAUGACUGCCCAAACUUCUCACCACUUAUCCCCCAUAGUUUUUAUGUUGGAGAGCUUGUUUCUGGGAAUAACAGAAGAAAUUACUAUGUGACAAAAAACCUCACGUCGCCUUUACUUGAAGAGAUUAGAGGUCUUUUAAACAAUUUCAGGGAAAUGUGUAAAAGAAAUGUCAGUAUUCCUGCAUCUGGAUCUGCAUUGGAGACGCUGCAGAGGAGUCCGAAUACAUAUAAUCUAAAGAAGGCUAUUGAACAAGGUUUCGAUCUCUAUGUUAACUCGGAUUGUGAGAGGUGCAUGGUCUCUGAGGGUGCUUGCGGAUAUAAUCAGACCUCAAGCGCUUUCGUCUGUUAUUGCAAAGAUGGGCCGCAUAAUAGUUCAUGCCCGACACACAACCGAGCUGAUCUUAUAGAGGGCAUAGUUAUUGUGAUCAUUAUUCUCGUAGGUUUGUGUUCACUAACAGGUAUUAUUGCGCUGGUGGUAUUAUUAUGCCCCUGUUUCGGGGUCCAAAUUUUUCGCAAGAGAAAAACAUCAGAUGAUAGGAGACAAAAGAAGUUAAAGGCUCUUAUUCCACUCAAACACUAUACUUAUGCGCAAGUGAAGAAAAUUACAAAGUCAUUUGCAGAAGUGGUUGGGAGAGGAGGAUUUGGAGUUGUUUAUAGAGGAACCCUUUGUGACGGCCGUAUGGUUGCGGUGAAGGUCUUGAAAGAUUCAAAGGACAAUAAUGGCGAAGACUUCAUCAAUGAAGUUGCCAGCAUGAGCCAAACAUCUCAUGUCAACAUUGUUUCCUUACUUGGAUUCUGCUCCGAAGGUUCAAAAAGAGCAAUCAUAUAUGAAUUUCUAGAGAACGGCUCGCUUGAUAAGUUCAUCUCAGACACCACCAUAAUGAAUUUGGACUUCACGGCACUGUAUGAUAUUGCACUAGGAGUUGCUCGGGGGUUAGAGUAUUUGCACUUUGGCUGCAAAACAAGGAUCGUGCAUUUCGACAUUAAACCUCAGAACGUGCUGUUAGAUGAAAAUCUUCUCCCCAAAGUUUCUGAUUUUGGACUUGCUAAACUCUGUGAGAAAAAAGAGAGCAUAAUAUCGCUGCUAGAUAUGAGAGGGACAAUAGGGUACAUUGCGCCAGAGAUGUUCUCCCCAGUGUAUGGGAGUGUGUCUCACAAGUCAGAUGUGUAUAGCUAUGGGAUGCUACUACUCGAAAUGAUAGGCGCAAGGAAGAAAGAAAUAGUUGAUCAAGUCUCUGCAUCGAAUGCAAGCUCAAUGUAUUUUCCCGAAUGGAUAUACCAGAAUCUCGAGCAAGGAGACAAUGGAAGUCCUACCGAGUAUGGAAUCAGAAGCGAAGAAGAGGAGAUAGCAAAGAAGAUGAAAAUUGUGGGUUUGUGGUGUAUACAGUCUUCCCCAUCAAACCGCCCUCCGAUGAACAUAGUAGUAGAGAUGAUGGAAGGAAGCCUUGAAGCUCUUGAAGUGCCUCCUAUGCCUGUCUUGCAACAAAUUCCAGCAGCACGGCUUUCUCAAUCUUUUUGGGAUUCUGGGGAGGGUUCAAGCGCUUCUGAAGUAUUGGCAUGCUCUACAAAAUGAAAACUGGAAUCUUCUUGCCGUGAAAGUCAUUUAUGUAAUAAAAAGUUAUUUAUGUUAUUUGCAUAACAAAUAGAGAACAAUGUAUUUUAGUAUGACAAUUCGGCAAAAAAAAACCUCAACUUUGCACGAA